AUGAAAGGCCAAGUUAAGACCUCACCCCCGAGAACUCCGCAACGCAACUCGACACUUUUUCCACCACAACUCAAAAUGGAUAACGAAAUGGAUAUCAAGAACCCACGACGCCUUCUUGCAGUGGGAGCACCUGAUUCUGGUGUCCUUUCGCUGCUCAAGGAACUUACAGGUUCCGCCCCAGAGCCAACUUCCGGAACGACCGCCGGCCUUACGCACGAAUGGCGCCUCGAAACCAAAUACUACUCUGCUACGAUCCCAAUAUGGGUUGAUGAGCUAUCCAACGUCGUGGAAUGGCGCACAGAGUUUACAAAGCCCGAAGCGCGCGAAGUCGUCACCGCACUGGGAGCGUGGAUAUACUGCUUCAAACGACCGGUAGAGGCGGGCGAUCUGGAAACGAUAAAGCAAACCAUGCAAGCCGUGUCGGAUGUGAUUGAACGCGCCUGUGGAUACGACGGUGAUGUUGUGUGCUUAGCCAUCGCGAUGCCGCAGUCUACGACACCAUAUCUGGAGAAGAGCAGUGAGGAAUGGGAAGAGCUUGCCAUGGACUACGGCUUCGAAUACAUCGACUCGGAAAAGAAGGGCAAGAACGAUUUUGGUGAGGCUAUGGGAGUCCAACGAGUGCGUGAAGCGCUUGAGGCUGCAGAAUGGGAAAGCUUAGACUUUCCCGAGGACGAAGAGGGCUUUGAUGCGAGCUUUGAAGCAGAAGAGGCGGAGAUGAAUAUGGAGCUGUUCGACAUGAAGGGUGCGCUUGGGGGAUACGAUGGGGACGAAAGCACAGAACCUGGGGAUAAAGAGGUCGAAGAUUUAGAAGUCAUGAUGCGAAAGAUGGUAGCCAUCAAAGAGAUGGGAGAGGGCAUGUCAGAAGCAGAACGAAAACGUUUCGCCGCCAAAGCAGUCAAUGACCUACUAAAAGAUCUCUAAAACCGAUAACACAUGGCACAAAAACAUACACCCACUUACCGAAAACAUGCGCGCCUCAACUGUCUUCAUCACCCACACUUAACUCUUCACCCCAAAGCACAUGAGAAACGGAAAAUCCAUCUCCCUCGCCGGCUUCCCAUCUUCCGCCUCAACCUCCUUCCUCAACACAAAUGCUUCCUCAACCUUUACCUCAUUAAACCCCGUCCCCAACAACAGUUCCUCCAUCUCCGCCCUCUUAAUCCCAUGCCGCUCCACCCCUUCCCUCUUCUCCACCGGAUGAAACGGCACCGCCUCUGGCCCAAAAUCCUCGUAAUCAGUCAACGCAACCACACCCCCCGGUUUCAAACAUUUCAUCAUCGUCGCCAGGAUAUCCGGCAUGGAGGGAAUAUGGUGCAGCGUCAGGUGCGACACGAUGAGAUCGAAGCGGUACGAGUACGGCGGUUCAGCAGUCUCGCCGCGCUGGGUGGCGAGGAGGGCGGCGGCACUUUGUAGUUCGUGUUCAUCGGGGUGUGUGAGGUAAUGGUUUACGGAAGUGAGGUUCUGGUGUGAGGUGUCGAGGUCGGCGAGCUUGGUGUUGAAGGCGGAUAUCAUUCCAGAAGCUGUGUCGACGCCAAUUAGGCUGCGUACGCGCGGGGCCAGCAUGAAGGAGAGGAGGCCGGUGCCGCAGCCGAUUUCU